CUUGUUGAGUGUGCAACACAGCGUCAGCUACUAUAAUCGUGAGGCAGGACUACUUUUUGAUGCUUAUCCAAAACAGAAACUCUCUCUUCCAAACGGUGUGGAUGUCGUUCACCCGAACAAGUCAGUCAGUGUCAAAGACAAGAUGGACUGUGUUUUUGCGUGUAUCAACGUUCCCUGGUGUCGUUCGGUGAAUUUCCAGACCACGCCCCUUAAAAGCGGACUUUACUUCUGCCAGCUUUUAUCUUCCGAGCAAUUUGCACACAAGGAAUACAUGAAAAAGAACAGACUGUAUCUUCACUACAGUGUUAAGAAUCCUUGCCAAGAGAAUCCAUGYCRUAAUGGCGGUAAAUGUAUUCUCCAAGACAACAGGCAAGAAUAUCAAUGCAACUGCRCGAAAGGAUUCAAGGGAAAACAGUGCGAGAUACGAGUCACUGUUAACGUCCAAACAAACUGUGGAAACUCCAGCUCUGACGCUUUUAGUGGCCGCAUAAAAUCCCCUGGCUUUCCUGGACAGUACACUGAUCACCUGAAUUGCUACUGGAAACUCCAUUCCACCUCAGGAGUCUCAAUCACUAUUGAAAGCUUUAAUACUGAGGGUUGCUGCGAUCACUUGAGGAUCUAUGAUGGUCCUUCUGCUUCAGCUAAAAAAAUCGGUGAAUUCAGCGGUACGAAUAAGAUGGGGACAGUUACAAGUUCUUCUACGUACCUUUAUGUCACAUUCACAACUGAUCAAUCAACGGUGGCAACUGGAUUCUCUUUGAUUUAUAAAGGUACCUAGCUGCACAGCCUGCUAUUGCUGAUGGACAGGAGCCAAAGUUGGAGUAGCAGCAUUUAUCGCCGCUAUUAUGAGGUCUUAGAAAACAUGCAUGCAUAUAACACAAUAAAACAUGAUCGAUUGAAGUUCUAAUUAGUUUACUGAUAUACAUGCCCUCAAUUUCAAAAAUGCUGUCAGACUAG